AUGUUAGACUUAAAAUUCGAAAUUGUAUCAUCUCGCACCGUUGAAGGUGUCGAGAAAGAAAAGAAGUUUGUGGCGUACAUGGUGCAAGCUCGACAGUCACGAAUCUUUGAUCCUGAGCCCGCCAAUGUGGAAAGGCGGUAUACGCAUUUUUUGGAUCUCUACAAUGGUCUUAAGAAAGAGUAUCCAUCUCUAUUGAACAAUGUCUCUUUCCCUAGAAAGAUUGUGGUGGGAAAUUUUGACCCUACAUUAAUUUCAUCUCGAUGUGCAGGGUUUGAGUGUCUGUUAAAUUUAAUUGCUAAUGAGUCACGACUGAGGGACUCUGUGGCAGCUAUCACUUUCUUCCAAGACGUAGAAUUAAAGGAAGCCAGACGCCUUAUUGUUGAAGAGAAAUAUGAUCAAGCUUUAUCAGUAUUAGAAACAAGUUUUAAGUUAUUAAGUAAGGUAUACACAGAUAGGUCUAGAGUAGUUUUAGGUGUACUCUGUCGUAUAGUGGCCUGUGCUGCUUCUAGUGGUGGGGCUUUAGCUGGACCAGUUGAAAGGUGGGCCCAGCUCGCUUUGAGAAGAUAUGAAGCUGUCAGUGACUCGGACUUGUUGCUUAUAUACAUUCCGUUAUUGCAUACUUGUAUAUCUAUAUGGGAAACAUUGGGCCGUGAUAAAUCCAAACUAGUUGAAGAGUUAAAUAAUCUAAGAAAACGAGGAAUGAAAGUUGAUUCGGUUCCAAGUCUCACUGAAGCUAUUGACAAUUUAGAUACUGCUGUAUAG